UGUGUUUCGCUCCGAGGUGCCAGAGACCCCCUCAAGCCGUCCGUCGCGUCUCCUCGCGGCCCCCGGCCCCUCCUCUCGGAGUCCCCAGCCCCCCUGCUCGGCUCCGCGUGCCAGCUCGGGGCUCGCUGGUUCGCUCCCCGCGGCGCCAGGAGGAGGGGCGAGGGCCGGCAGCCCCCUCCCCCGCGCGCCGCGCCGGAGCCCAGCCGAGCCGGGGGGACCCGCCGCCGCCGGUCAUGUGGGCCGGACUGCUCCUCCGGGCCGCCUGCGUCGCGCUCCUCCUGCCGGGGGCCCCGGCCCGCGGCUACACCGGGAGGAAGCAGCCCGGGCAUUUCGCGGCCGAGAGACGCCGGCUGGGCCCCCACGUCUGCCUCUCGGGCUUCGGGAGUGGCUGCUGCCCUGGCUGGGCCCCCUCCAUGGGCAGCGGGCACUGCACCCUGCCCCUCUGCUCCUUUGGCUGUGGGAGUGGCAUCUGCAUUGCUCCCAACAUCUGCUCCUGCCAGGAUGGAGAGCAAGGAGCCACCUGCCCAGAAUCCCACGGACCCUGUGGAGAGUACGGCUGUGACCUUACCUGUAACCAUGGCGGCUGUCAGGAGGUGGCCCGAGUGUGCCCUGUGGGCUUCUCCAUGACAGAGACGGCUGUCGGCAUCAGGUGUACCGACAUCGAUGAAUGCCUAAGCACCUCCUGCGAGGGCCAGUGCGUGAACACGGAAGGCGGGUUUGUGUGUGAGUGUGGGCCGGGCAUGCAGCUGGCUGCCGACCGCCACAGCUGCCAAGACACUGAUGAAUGCCUCGGGACCCCCUGUCAGCAGAGAUGCAAAAACAGCAUAGGCAGCUACCGGUGUUCCUGUAGACCCGGCUUCCAUCUCCAUGGCAACCGGCACUCCUGUGUAGAUGUAAACGAGUGUCGGAGGCCGCUGGAGAGGCGAGUCUGUCACCACUCCUGCCAUAACACUGUGGGCAGCUUCCUGUGCACCUGCCGACCUGGCUUCAGGCUCCGAGCUGACCGCGUGUCCUGUGAAGCUUUCCCGAAAGCCGUGCUGGCCCCAUCGGCCAUCCUGCAGCCCCUGCAGCACCCGCCCAAGAUGUUACUGCUGCCCCCAGAGGCGGGCCGGCCUGCCCUCUCCCCUGGACACAGCCCUCCUUCUGGGGCCCCGGGGCCCCCACCUGGGGUCAGGACCACCAGCCUACCGUCUCCCACCCCUGUGCCACCCACGUCCUUGCCCUCCACCCCAACUCGGCUGCUGGCCACCUUGGUGGCCACCCCCGUGCCUGGUGCCUCCCUCCUGGGGACCCUCGGACCUCCCUCACGACUACAGGAGGUGACCCCGCCCUUGCCCAAGGGCCCAGCAGCCACACAGAUGGCACCGGGGUCCUCUGCCUGCUGGCACCUGGGAGCCACGUAUGAAUCAGGGAGCCGCUGGACAGAGUCUGGGUGUUCCCAGUGCUGGUGCCAGAACGGGGAGGUGACCUGUGAGAAGGUGACGUGUGAAGCUGCUUGUUCUCACCCGAUUCCCUCCAAAGAUGGGGGGUGCUGCCCAUCGUGUACAGGCUGUUUUGACAGUGGCAUCAUCCGAGCGGAAGGGGAUGUGUUUUCCCCUCCCAACGAGAACUGCACUGUCUGUGUCUGCCUGGCCGGAAAUGUGUCCUGCAUCUCCCCCGAGUGUCCUCCCGGCCCCUGUCAGACCUCCCUGAAGUCAGAUUGCUGUACUUGUGUUCCAGUGAGAUGCUAUUUCCACGGCCGGUGGUACGCAGACGGGGCUGUGUUCAGUGGGGUUGGUGACGAGUGUACCACCUGUGUCUGCCAGAAUGGGGAGGUAGAAUGUUCCUUCACACCGUGUCCGGAACUGGACUGCCCCCGAGAGGACUGGUGGCUGGGCCCUGGACAGUGCUGUUUCACCUGCCGGGAGCCCACACCCAUGACAGGCUGCUCUCUGGACGACAACGGGGUUGAGUUUCCAAUUGGACAGAUCUGGUCUCCCGGUGACCCCUGUGAGUUAUGCAUCUGCCAGGCAGAUGGCUCCGUGAGCUGCAAGAGGACAGACUGCGUAGACUCCUGCCCUCACCCAAUUCGGAUACCUGGACAGUGCUGCCCAGACUGUUCUGCAGGCUGUACCUACACAGGCAGAAUCUUCUACAACAACCAGACCUUCCCGUCCGUGCUGGACCCGUGUCUGAGCUGCAUCUGCCUGCUAGGCUCCGUGGCCUGCUCCCCCAUGGACUGCCCCAUCACCUGCACCUACCCUUUCCACCCUGACGGGGAGUGCUGCCCGGUGUGCAGAGAUUGCAACUAUGAGGGAAGGAAGGUGGUGAACGGCCAGGUGUUCACCUUGGACGAUGAGCCCUGUACCCAGUGCACGUGCCAGCUGGGAGAGGUGAGCUGUGAGAAGGUCCCCUGCCCUCGGGCCUGCUCCGACCCCCCUGGGCCCCCCGGGGACUGCUGUCCCUCCUGCCCAGAUGGCCCAGAGAGGAAGGCGGUGGAGGUCGGCAAAGCAGCUCGGAGUGCCCGUGGAGAUGCUGUGGCCCCGGUGAACUGUAGCUCCUGCCCAGGCCCCCCGGCAGUGCUGCCUCAGAAGUCGGUGCUCCAUGUCCUCCAGCUCCAUCUCAGAACGAACCUCUCUAAUGGGCAGACUUUACCCACGAGCCCCUCAGGAGCCCAGGCCUCACCCUCACCCCCUUUGGGGCCUGGGGGCACGUUCCCAGGGGAGCCUGGGGCCUCCCAGCCCUCACCUGGGCGUUCGAUCCCUCCAGGAGCCUCCACUCUACCUCCAACCCCUCCCGGGGCUCCUGGGCCUCCUCCUGUUACUCCAGAGCCUUCGGCCUCCGCCUCCGGGGCCCAGACAGUGACCAGAAGGCCUUCUUUGUCUGCCAUUGUCCUGACUGAAGCUUCAGCCCAUUCCAUGACGGCCUCCAGCCCCUCAGAGACCCCUGCCACCCUCCUCAGGCCUCGCAGACUCUCUCCCGCCACGUCCAGACUCUCUGCAGCCCUCGCAGCCACGGCCAGCUCCAGCCCCCAGCGGCCCGCCACGGGGACCUCACGGGAGGAUGAGGCCACCGGGCUCUUGGUUCUCCAGCACGUCCAGCUGGCUGGGGUCGAGGAUGGAGCCUGCCUCCUUUCCACUGGCCCCCGGGCACAUGCACGCUCCUGGGGAAGAGGUGAAGGAGCUGUCCCCAGAGGGCUUCUGGGCUGCCCAGGAUUCUCACUCUCUCACUGUCGUCAGCAUAGUUCCUUCCCAGGACCCCUGGGGGGCUCAGAGCUGUCCUCCUUCAGGUACUGUUGACGUGACAUGUUGGAAGGCCCCUGUGGGAUCCAACUUUCUGAGAACGUGUUCUGCCUGAGAGAAGCCUCAGAACGCUUGGGCCCCUGUCCAGGGCUGGCUGGCUCCAGCAGGCCAGGGGACUGCCUUCAAGACCCCAGAUGGGUGAGGGCUGCUUUUAACGAAUGGCAGGAGCUGGUCUGAAUUCUCAGACUCCAACACUCAGUGGGGGAGUUUGGUUUUGGGUGAACACACACUUCAGGGUCCCUUACCUGGAUUCCACACUUCAGGAAUCUUCUGAGAAGCAGUAGAGGAUGCAGAAGAGGGGAUGCCUGAAGCCUGGUCCAUGGUGUCAGUUUCACCGGACCUGGGGAGUUCUCAAGGGGCCCAAUGAUCGGACCCAGUUCAAGAGACCUAAUGUUGGAGGUUUUUAGAUCAAUAGGCUCAAGGACAAACCAAGCCGAGUAGGACAAACCACAAAUAAAUAAAAUCUUUGAAAAAAAUUAGGAUAACUCAGAGGUUUAAGAGUAACUUCCCUUAACUUUUUUUAAAAAUAAUUUUUUAAAAAGACUUUAUUUCUUUAUUUGAUAGAGAGCACAAGUAGGCGGAGCGUCAGACAGA